AUGGAUUUUGCUACUGCCGCUGCGGAAGUUCAGACGCUGCCUUAUUGUUCCGAUGAUGACAAACUGUGCCUGUAUGGUUUAUACAAACAGGCAACAGUUGGGGACGUAAACACAGCCAAACCUGGCGUGCUCGACGUUAAGGGCAAGGCUAAGUGGGAGGCCUGGAAUGGCAGGAAAGGUUGGGUCUCGUUGGAUAUUGCGAAGUAA